CGCACAAACCGACCCAUCGCUGUUCAGAUCAGAAGGUUUUUACUGUUUACCUCUGAUCACAUUGUUUUUUUUACACGUUACGUCCUGUUAAGGUUUUUUUUCCCAUGUUAUAUAAUUUGACCCCUCUUUUUUAUAUUGUUAUCAUCUGACGUCAUCAGCCAGCUCCAGGAAGGUCUGAGCGGCUCGCGCCUGCUGCAGCUUCCAGACCUGCUAGCUAAACAGCAGGAAAACAAAACGCUGCGACGCCUCCAGCUCGGCCGGCAGCGCUCCGAAAAGACGGCGCAGAGAGCGACUGGGCUCCGCUGUUGUGAUAUCGCACGUCUGAAUGUGUGCAGAUAAGGUACAGCGCGGUUUUGCACUGACUUGAACCUUUUUAUGCAACCCGCCCUGAUCACCAGGCACGACGAUGUCCGACGCUGCUAACGCUACUUCAACAGACAACAACGGAGACUCUGGGCUAAACGGCUCCUGGGUGGAGUUGGAGAUGAACAGAGGCACAGCUGCCUCGGUCCAAUCCACUUCCACCGCCGGGCUGGCCUCCGGUCUGCUGCCCCUGCCUCAGGUGGAGGAAGAGGAGGCCAUGGUGGGGGGGCUGGAGCAUGUCCCAUCCUCAUCCUCCAUCCACAACGGAGACAUGGAGAAGAUCCUGUUGGAUGCUCAGCACGAGUCGAGCCGCAGCAACUCCUCCUGCGACAGCCCGCCACGGCCCCAUAGCCCCCAGGACGAAGGACAGAUCAUCUUUGACGUGGACGGAAGAAGAGACAGCCAAUCAGAGGAGGAUGCCUUGGAUAAGGAGAGGGACAUGGACAUCCUGAUGAAGGACGCAGACUGGGUUGCUGACUGGUCCAGUCGACCAGAAAACAUUCCCCCCAAGGAGUUUCAUUUCCGUCACCCUCGACGUUCAGUAACUCUAAGCAUGAGGAAGACCGGGGUCAUGAAGAAAGGAGGAAUCUUCUCUGCUGAGUUCCUCAAAGUCUUCAUCCCCUCGCUGCUACUAUCACACAUCCUCGCUCUGGGGCUAGGGGUCUACAUUGGAAAGAGGCUGACCACGCCUCCUGCCAGCUCCUUCUGAACCUGAACCUGAAGAAAAGUGCCUGAGAAGUGGCCACGAGUUGUUGAGGAAAGUUUUGCUGUUGUGAGAAGAAUGUGUGUCUCCUCCCUCUGCCCCGCCUGCCCCCCCCCCCCCCCCCCCCCCCCCCGCCCCCCAUCCCUGAGAUACGACAUGUUCUCAGGUGAAAUGCAUCUGUUUUCUUCUUCUUCUUCUUCCUCUUCUCUUUCUCCUUCUUCUCUCUUUCUUGAGCUGUUCUGUCUAUAGAUAUUCCCCUCUCUCCCCCUCUUAUAUCCUCUCAUUUGUAAAAGCUUUUCAAGGAACGAAUAAGGUCAUAUUUUCCAUUUUUUUUUCUCUGAGACUGGGUUUAAGUGUUUCUAGCGGAUGGGUUUUCAGGGAGGGUUGCAGCAUCGAACCAAACUCUUUGCCCUUUGAUCCGAAAACGGGGAGGACUGUCCAGUUUGACCACAGAUUGUGCCACCUACACCAGUAGCCCAACACUCGAUCUCGACAGAACGGGGUCGACUAAAUUCACAGUUGGCUACACGAACUGAAAACGUGAUCAUGCCUUUUUUUAGUAGCCAUUUUAUUUUAGAUAAUAUCAUCUUUUCUAUUUAUUUUACAACAGCGGGCUUUUACUGAAAGCUGUAAUGAGUUACCACAGUGGCCAUCCCAAACCACAAGUGUUCAUGAAUUGCACUGGGGGAGUCUGGUUCUGUCUGAUGUACGAGAGAUAAAGAAGUUCAAAUCGGUGAAUAUUCGGCAAAGGGACAGUAGCUGGAGGUCAGGGUGUAGACUAGUAGAUUAGAUAGCCCUCUCAGUGUGUACACUAACAGUAUUGUGUGGUUGGGGUCUUGGUAACAGAGUUGGGGGGGAGUCCACGAAGUUUAGCGUCUGUCCAAACCAUGUGUGUCUGUUGGUGUUGUCGUUCCAAAGCCUCCUGGUUCGUCUGCUACAUAUCGUAGAGCUAGUUCAACCCUGACCGCUCAUUUCUGCUACUUUUACUCCCGAUUGGAUCUGAAUAUCAUCUGUGCUGAAAGUUUACGAUCGGUGCAUGUUUUUUUAAGUAACCGAGAAUAAUUUGGGGUAAAAAAAAAAUGUAAGAUUUGAUGCAUUUAUUUUGGCUAUCUUUGAGUGGCUCUUGUUCUAAAAGUUGUAUCCCGGAAGAUUUAUUUUCAAGAUUGUUUUAUGAAUCUCUCUUUGCGUUCUAACACUCCAGGGUUCAUUUGCCAAAAUGUCGAUGAAUCGACCCAACUCCAGGUUCAGUGCGUUUGGACAGACUGAAGUUAUGGAGCCUUUCUUUCGCUGUAGCAGCAGCUUCUGAUCGACUGAAGGUAGAUUUAUUUCAACAUCAGAGGCUUUACUUUUGAACACACGUACUUGGUGAGCGGCUUGAGUAAAGUCGUGUACUCCACCAGCGUGGAAAGCUUUAUCAGACAUCUGCUUCACUGCGGUAUUUCUGAGGCCAGACGCUGCUUUGUUUCCGAGUUGAAUCUUAUUUCAGUGGAUCUUAUCAAACACCAGCUCUCUAGAACUUUCGACCUAGAGUGUUAUUCUACUGCAUGAGACUUUUGUAGCAAACUUUAUCCUGUGAAUAAAAUAAUUUCUAGAGACCUGGUGUUCACAUGGAGCUGAAAUCUGACUUUCUUUCGUUGAUUAGUUCUGGCUUAGUUUGUUAAUAUUUUCAUUACAUUAACUUUAAUAUUUAUUAAAUGACUGAUAAUAAAAAUACUGAGGUUGAGCUCAGUUUUGGUUUCUAUUUUGUCUUUUGCAGUUUGGUGUCAUAUUCAGGAGCAAGAAAACAGGAAAAGCUUCAACUGUGAUCAGUGUCUUUAUGAAAUAAUCUGCGGCAAAUGCUUGUUUCUGCCAAAUAAUAGAUGAAAUAUGUGGAAAAAAAUACUCUGUCAAAAAAUGGAAAUGCAGUGAAUUAAGAGUAAACCUGCGGUAUGUCUUUAUAUUUAGAGACGCUGGACCAUGCAAAUGAAAUACUCUGCAAUAUUUUAAUCAUCAUUUCUUCUCUAUUAUGGAUUCACUUAAAGAUCUGUUUUAAAGAAAAACCUUAAUGUUAAGACCUGGUGUGUGUUUUUUCAGUGGUACAACUGAAACCGUUAGUAAAUAAAAUGCACGAUCCUGUCGGUCCUCUCAGGUUUUUAUCUCCAGCUCCGUGUUUUUCUUCUCAUGAGCCUCAGAAAUACCGCACUGUCGUUUAUGCAACGUUAAUGCUUCAGCCUCGUUUGUACAUGUAGCUUUGGAAAUCCACAUUGUGAAUUUUUUUUUUUUUGUUUGUUUUUUUUUAUGUCGGAGAAGGAUAAGGAUUGUAAAUCCACAGAGCAUUAGUUCUUAACGCUGAACCUGAAUCAAGUAAAAUUUGUAAAUUAAAAACUGAAAUCCCUGUCGUUGUCACAGUCGAAGGCCGGGUCGGAUGUAAAUGUGAAAUGAAAGGUGUUGAGAGAGAUUCCCCUCAGACUGCGAUGGUAUAACAGUAGUUAUUGUAAUGAGACAUUUGCUUUAAUUUUCUGUUUCCCACUACAUUGGAAAAUUGAAAACCAUUUUUGUCAUUAAACAUGACCUGAAUGAAA